ACCAUCACAGGAAAUGGACCAGGCAUCAGUGAUUGGUAGAUAACCGUAAAACGACAAGCAGAAAUUACAUCAAACAUCAUGUUUCUAAAGAUUGUGGGAAUACUUGGACUAGUGGUUGUUGUUUGCAGCCAAAAUCAUUACGGUACACACAACGAUGCACAACAUGAUGUAGUGCAUUAUCAUCACGACGAAGAGCAUCAUGGACCAGCACAUUAUGAAUAUCACUACGACGUCCACGAUGAUCACACUGGCGAUGUUCACGGCCAACAUGAAGCGCGUAAAGAUGAUUCGACCCACGGUGAAUAUUAUCUAAUCGAUGCCGAUGGUCAUAAGCGUACUGUGAAGUAUCAUGUUGAAGGAAAAAGCGGUUUCAUUGCUGAAGUCCAUCGAGAACCAGUCAAAGGCUUCCACGAUGCACCUCUUAAUUUCCAUCACAAGUUCGAAGAGAAAUACUGAUCAUAUAAUUUUAAGUCAUUGUAACAAAGUUACGAAACAAAUAUUUUAUAAAUCGAAUAAAAUAGUCUAAAGCCACUUUA